AUGAGGUUAGAAAAACCUAAGGGAGGAAUUUCUCAGAGGUCAAGCCAAGGAAGAGCCUUUGUGAACCAGCGCAAAACCGGCAGCCAGAGGCAGAAAUGGGGAAUGACUGUUCAGUUUGACUCAAGCUUAAAAGAUUCAUUCUGGAAGAAAUCCCAUAAAUGUACUGAUUGUGGGAAAAGUUUCUCCCAGAGUUCAAAUCUCAUUGAGCAUCGGCAGACCCAUACUGAGGAAAAGCCCUAUAAAUGCAAUGAGUGUGGCAAGAGGUUUAAACAGAGCUCAAAUCUUAUUCAGCACCAGAGAAUUCACACUGGAGAGAAACCCUAUCAGUGUGAUGAAUGUGGCCGAUGUUUCAGCCAGAGUUCCUACCUUAUUCAGCAUCAGAGAACCCACACCGGGGAGAAACACUACCAGUGCAGCGACUGUGGCUAG